AGGAGGCACUAUGGCAGGGGGUUGGGCCGGAUUCUCGGAGCAGGAGCUUCGGCAGCUUCAGGGGCAUCGCAAAGGUAAUCCCACCGAGGAAAGAUGCAAUAUUAAUAAAUUAGAAGACAAAUUUGAUACUAUACAGCAAACAAUGCAAAAGAAUGAGCAGAAACUAGAAGAGGUGGAACUUAGAACGGUACAAAAUGAAAAGAAACUGGAACUAAUGGACAACAGGAUGAUGACAAUAAACAAAAGAUUAGAAGAACAGAUUAUACACCUAGAGAUGGACCGCGCUGCCUAUUACUUGAGGUUUCAAAAUAUCAUUGAAAGUAGAGAUGAAGAUCUGAAUAGGGAGGAUGGAAUAAACCCUGAGAAUAUAGAACAAUAUUUGAAAAGGAAAGGUCUCCCAGAAAUUAAAGAGGAACAGAAAGAGAUAUUAAAUAAAGAAAUAAUAAUCAUGGAAUUGAAAAGGGUGGUUGAAAGGCAGAAAAAUAAUAAGACGCCAGGGCCGGAUGGUCUUCCAGCAGAACUAUAUAAGUGUAUUUAUGAAUGUCUUGAACCAGUGAUGUUAGAUGUGUACAAUGAGGUAUUAGACUUUGCCAAAUUACCCGAUUCAUGGAGAGAUGCGAAUAUCUCACUAAUUCCUAAAGAAGAUUUAGAUCACAAACAGAUUAAAAAUUAUAGACCAAUCUCACUCCUGAACGCAGACUAUAAAAUAUUUGCAACAAUAAUGUCGGAAAGAUUAAAAAUUAUAUUAAAUGAACUUAUUCAUAUUGACCAGAACGGCUUUCUACCUUCUGGACAGAUAAGGAACAAUACAAGGAUAGUAUUAAAUGUAUUAGAAUACUAUGAGGCCCACCCGGGAAAGCAGAAAGAACAAACAAAAUUUUUGUCUGGCUUUAUCAGGCAACCGUAUCUUCUAUUUAAAAGCAUAGUUGUUUAUAAGUACAGGUCAAAUGCAUUUAUGUGUUUCUUCCCCAGAUCUAAAAGAACUCAGGCUGAAACAGUUAAAUUAAAGCGGAUUCAAAAGCAGCUCCAAGCUUUAGACGACAUGGUAUCUGCUGAUAUUGGGAUCCUAAGAAAUAGGAUUGACCAGGCAAGCUUGGAAUAUUCAUGUGCUCGAAAGCGUUAUGAUAAAGCAGAAUCAGAAUAUGUGACUGCAAAGCUGGAUCUCCAAAAGAAAACAGAAGUGAAAGAACAACUUGCAGAGCACUUGAGCACAAUCAUACAGCAAAAUGAACUCCGAAAGGCAAAGAAAUUGGAGGAGUUAAUGAAAGAGCUGGAAGUAGAAGCUGAUGAAGAGAACCUGGAACUGGAGGUAGAAGUAGAGCAAAUGUUGCAACAGCAGGAAACAGAAGCUAGAAGGCAAGAGAUUGAGACACAAAAGCUUGCCCAAGUUGAUGUGCAGUGUACAGAUUCCCAGACUUUAAGUAAAGGACAUGAAAAUGACAACUUUAGAAACAUUAAUGGAGCAGCUUAGAAGUUCCCAUACAGAUGACCAAAGUCACACAGUAAACUCUGUUUCUGAAAGAAAUUAUGAUUCAUCCAGAACAUGUCUGAUAACAUUAUUUUUGAUAUUUGGAGUAAUAAGGAGCACUGGCAUAUAAUGACAAGAAGCCUCUGAAUCUGUGCAGUUUUCUAGUCUGUAUUAUUAUCAGAGUACAAGUGCAUAUGCGUGUGUAUUAUAUGUACAGAUUAUCUCUCUUUCCUGCUUACUGUCUUCCUUUUCACUGAGAAACCUGCAUGGGAUCCCUUAUGAAGGGGAAAGGAUAAUGUUACCUACAUAAUAUUUAAAGUUCAAAGCAUCAUGUCAGUAGGAAUAAGGAAUUGUGUAUAUCUUACAUGAAAUUAUCAUUAAAUCCUACAUUAUUUGCUUAGAUACACACUAUUAAGUAACUCAUUUUUCAGUGCUCAUAAAUGAAUAGAAAAGGACAAGGUUGAGCAAAUCAGGAGAAAAUCUGAAAAUAUUUUCUAUUCUUGUUAGUGAUUCUGUAAAAAAAUGGUUGGGCCAUUAAUUAGUUAUGUUUAUACCUAAUUUAUAAUUAGGCAUACCUAAUUAUUGAGCAAUAAAAAGGGAAAUACCUUCCAAUAUUUUAAAUAUAUUAUUAUUGAAAUAUAAAUAACCAUUCAAUAAAUGGAUAUCAAAACACUUUUAAACUCAUAUCUGGAUUCUCAAGAUUCUCUAGUGAUUUCAUUAUUUCACCUUUUUAUUUUAUUCAUUUUUGCAUGUUUCUCUACCAUUCAUGUAUUGUUGAAGCGCUAAUCCUUUGUCCUUGUAUAAUCAGCACAUGCCAAAUUUCAAUAAAAAUGUUCCCAUUUUUAAAAAUUGGAUUUUUCUUGUAUUGCCAACAAUUAUUGGACUUCAGAGUUACAUCAAAGACUUGUCAUGUGCACUAAAAUGAUUUCAUAGAAAAUUGUUAAUAUUCUUGUUUUUAAAAAUGAAAAUGUUGUGGUUAAGAAUUGUAAAGGCAAAUACAGUAUAGCUUUUUUUGUAUUACCUGUAUCUUCUCUAUGCCUAGCCAUAGCCUAGCCGUAAAACAAAUUAAUUCAUGUUAAGAG